GGUUCUCUGCAAACUUCGUGUGAUACGCGAGAUGCUAUAUCCUUUGCACUGAUUUCUGGCUAAAACGUGGUAGGCAACGUAAUUGAUUGUGAUGGCAAACCGAGAUACCAUGAUGCUCACAGUCCACAGGCAGUAAAUCCUCUGGGCGUCUGUUGACUCAUAGUUGUCGAAAUUAGGUUUGGGCUGUCUGAUUUUGAUUAAAAUGAAUCAUUUUCAAGUGAUGACGACGUGCAGCAAUGUUGAAAUCGGAGAGGAAUUUCCACAGGAAAGCUUUCAUCAAUCACUUGGCAUCUUGUCACCCCAUAGGAUGGGACGGUCAUACAGGCAAUCCCGUGCCCUACACUACUCAAGACUGUGGGUAUCGCAUGAUUCAGUUGGAGGACAUAUAUAAAGUCUUUACAUCGACAAUUGGAGCCUCACUUCCAGUCGAUCUGAUUCUUCACUCAGUUCCUUCAUCUUUUCGACAUGCUCAACUCUAAUGCUCUCCUUUCUAUUGUCCUCAUUGCGAUUUCCGCUGUGGACGCAACUCCCCUGCGCCGUGAGCCUGCGUCGACCCUCGGCUUCACCCAUAGGGUGAACGCCAGGGUUGCUAAUGCCAACAUCGCUUCUGUUGACAGGGCUCGUGCUCAGGCAAUGCAGCACACUGGUUCCGAGUCCAUGAGCAAGCGUGCUGGCAGCUCCUCUGUCAGUAUCACUAAUGCCGCCACGGUUUACACUGCCCAGGUUGGUGUGGGCAGCCCGGCAACUCAGUAUACGCUCCUCAUUGACACGGGCAGCUCCAACACUUGGGUGGGUGCAAGCACCCCAUACAAACGCACCGAUACUAGUGUAGACACUGGUCACUCUGUCUCCGUCGCUUAUGGCUCCGGCAGUUUCUCCGGAGAGGAAUUCUUGGACACAGUUACUCUCAGUUCUGGCUUGGUCAUUACCGGCCAAUCUAUUGGGGUCGCGAGCAGUACGCAGGGCUUUAAUGGUGUCGAUGGAAUUCUUGGUGUCGGGCCAACUGACCUGACGGUGGGCACCGUGUCCAAUACUGGUGCGGUCCCCACUGUCAUCGACAACCUCUACAGCAAAGGUACCAUUGGUACCGAUGCUCUCGGAGUCUACUUUGCUCCUGGUAGCGCUGGCGAGCUCACUUUUGGUGGCUCCGACAGCUCGAAGACAACGAGCUCAGUGAACUACGUCCCUCUCACGACUACGUCACCAUCCAGCUUUUACUGGGGUAUCGACCAAUCGAUUACCUACGGUAGCUCUACCAUUUUGUCAACAACUGCUGGUAUCGUUGACACUGGAACGACCCUCAUUCUCAUUGCCACUGAUGCAUUCAACAAGUACCAGUCUGCUACUGGUGCCACGUUGGAUAGCAACACUGGACUCUUGAUGAUCACCUCUGAUCAGUACGCCAACCUGCAAACUUUGAACUUCAACAUUGGCGGUACUACCUACGGCCUCACCGCCAACGGCCAAAUCUGGCCCCGUUCCCUAAACACCGACCUCGGUGGUAACAGCAACAGCAUCUACCUUGUCGUUAAUGACAUCGGUUCCAACUCUGGCACUGGCCUCGACUUCAUCAACGGUUACUCAUUCCUACAACGCUUCUACUCUGUCUACGACACCACCAACCGCCAAGUUGGCUUGGCAACUACUUCGUCUACAAAUGCGGUCUCCAACUAAAAUAACCAUGUAUUGAUCUAGCGCCCAUACACACGAUGUGAAUAUUGAUAUUAGAUGUGGGUGUUGGUCGGUUGGGACGAUAGGGGUACAUAGAGCAGGGGUCUUUUUUUGUAUCUAUAUAACUUAGUGCGCGUCAGUCGAAAUGUGUCCAAAAUUCAUUAUUUCUCAAUGUUUCCAA